AUGUCAAACGUUACUGGUGAUCGGACCGAACAAACAAAAGUUAACCCUAUAUUACCUUUAGAUUGUAUAAUCGAAAUUUUGGAGCACCUUGAAAAUGAUUCUAUAACGCCGAAGACACUCAACUCAUGUCUUCUCGCAAAUCGUCAAAUGGCAAAACUUACGAUUCCACUUUUAUGGAAAUGUCCAUUUGGAUACAAGAUCAACGCACACAAAGCAUCGCAUAUAUUUCAGACAUUGAUAACUUGUCUGAAUAAGGACGAGAAGCAGCGUUGGAUCGAUAUAGAAAUCAAAAUGCCGCCUAAUCCUCCAUCACCAUUAUUCGAUUACCCUUCGUACAUUCGAAGCUUAAAUACUCACAACAUGCAGAGUUGUGUUUCUGAAUGGCUAGAAAUAUUUCAAGGCGUUAGUGAACCUUACAAAACCGAAAAGAUGGGGUUCACCAUUAAUCUCAUUGUUCAACUCAUCUUUAGUCGCUCAAGGGGACUGGAAACGCUAAGGUGGGAUCACGAUUUCAACUACAAUUGCAAUGAAACUAAUGAUUUCCGAGGAAUAUAUCCUAUAUUGAGAGAUAUUGAGCAAUAUGAUGGAAUUGAUCGGGCUCUAUCAAGUGUCAAAACAUUCGAAACCCAGUGCUGGGAUGGCUUAGAUGAGGAUUCCGGAAAUGUAUUGACUAACUACGUUCGAACGAUAUCUCGUUAUUCUCGUAACAUUCAGCACAUAGAAUUUGACGUUUACCUUAGACUCGAAAAUUACAGACCACUCUGCGAAGCCUUGGCACAUUUCAUAGAAUCGCAGGUGGCACUUCGUUCAAUAGAAUUGUUUGAAUGGUUGGAUCAUUCGCAUUCGUCAUCUGUUUAUAAGUCGCUCCGAACUCAAGCUCACUCGUUGACGUCUCUUAGAACAAACAACCUUCGAUUUUUUCAUAGAUUAUUGCCCGUGUUAAGUAGUUGUCCGAAUUUGAAGUUCUUAGGCAUAACUAAUUUUUACGAGAUUGAGGAUGUUA